AUGGCGGCGAAUCAAGCUGAUCCAACGAGUGCUCAAAAUCAACCUGAAGAUGAAACCCAGUGUUCCGCCACUUCAAAGACAAAAAGGAAGUCAUCUUAUCACUGUUGUGUCCCUCGGUGUAAUGGUGAUUCCAGAUAUCAUCAAGAGCUAAAAUUCCACCGUAUCCCGAGUGGAAAAGACGGCGAAGAAACUCGUAAACUAUGGCUGGUUAAAAUUCGGAGAGACGAAGGACCUGCUUUCAAGAUAUCAAGCAGCACAAGAGUUUGCUCGAGACAUUUUGUGGAGGACGAUUACCUACCUGCUGACAAUGCAGGACGACGUCUACUUAAAAGAGGAUCUGUUCCYAGUCAGUUUGACUGGUCUUCGCAGACUGCAAAGAGAAGAAAACUAAUUCGAAAUUUUAGCACGGAAACACAAACUCAUGAAAGUGUCAGUGACAUGGAACGAACUGUCACUGAAAAUUGUGAAGCUACUCCUGAGCCAACCACGGAGGAACAAUUGGAAUCUCUGAGAUUGGAGCUUCUUCAGAAAGAACAAGAGUUAGAGAAAAGAAAGCAAGAAACAGCCUCUAUUUUAGAAGAAAUGAAAGAAGUCAAGGCACAAGCACAAAGAGAACUUGAGUAUGCUAAGAGAACUGCUGCUGAACAGCUUGAUUAUGCUAAGAGAACUGCUGCUGAACAGCUUGCAAUAUGCAAGUUUGGUUUAGAGAGGUUUUCUAGUGAUAAUGAUUCAAUAAGAUUCUACACUGGAUUUAUUUCAUAUCAACACAUUAAGUUUUUUUAUGAUAUUAUUAAGCCAACCGCUGAGAGGAUGACUUACUGUUAUGCYACAGGGGAGAGGGAAAGUCGCCCCAAGGCCCGAAAUAUGCAAGUUAUUGACGAACUGUUUAUGUUCUUGGUUCGUCUUAGACUAGGUAUAUUUGAGCAAGACCUCGCUCACAGAUUUCAAAUUCACUUAUCCACUGUUAGCAGAAAGAUAGCUACCUGGUGCAAUUUUUUGUAUUUUAUGUUGGGAAGUCAAGUAAUUUGGCCCUCAAGGGAGGAGGUUAAUGCUAAUAUGCCUGAAUGUUUCUGCAGGCUUUACCCAAAAACUAGAGUUAYUAUAGAUUGCACAGAAAUUUUUGUUCAAACCCCCAGCUCACUAUUACUUCAGUCACAGUUAUAUUCCUCUUAUAAAAGCAAUACUACCCUAAAAGGUUUGGUUGGGAUCACACCCCAUGGAGCAGUUUCCUUUGUCUCUGGGCUAUAUACUGGGGCUAUAUCAGAUAAGGAAAUUACAAGAUGUUGUGGGAUCUUAGAUUUGAUUGAGGAGGGAGAUUCUGUCAUGGCAGACAAAGGUUUUGAUAUAGAGGAUCUUUUAGGGGGAAAGAAAGCUUCGCUUAACAUUCCCCCUUUCUUACARAGUCAAACUCAAUUUGUAUCAAGGGAUGUUCAAAAAACUAAGGAGAUUGCAAGUGUUCGUAUCCACGUUGAAAGGGCCAUUCGAAGGAUAAAGGAAUACMAUUUUUUUGAUUCUGAUGUGCCACUUAAUGCAUUGGGAUCAGUUAACCAAUUAUACACAGUAGCAUGUCUUCUUACCAAUUUCCAAGGCCCUCUGAUUGCUAAUGCAAAUAGGAGUCAAUAG